CGCAGAUCGCCAUCUCGGCAAGUCUUAAUUAACUUGGUUGAUUAAAUCUUGCCCAUCGGAUUAACCUAACGACUUGCUUUAACCGUUUUAUGUUCGGCUUUCAAACUGAGUCCAAUUAGAUGCUAGUCUAAUUUUAUGAUUUAUUCCAAUACUUAUAUUUUCAUUUAAUUCAACUUUAAAGCGGUAGUGCUUGUGAUUAAACAUGAAUUCUACGGAGUUUCGGGAGUUCGGCAAGGCAGCGAUCGAUCUUAUGGCGGAUUACUACGAUUCAAUUCGAACAAGGGAUGUGCUGCCAUCAGUUGAACCAGGAUAUUUAUUGAAAAUGCUGCCAGAAAACGCUCCCGAAGAGCCAGAAAACUGGAAAGAUGUCCUAAAAGAUUUCAAUGAAGCAAUAAUGCCUGGCAUAACCCAUUGGCACUCGCCUCAGUUCCACGCGUUCUACCCGACAGCAGUUUCUUACCCCGGCAUCGUCGGGGGCCUGCUCAGCGAUAGUCUCGCUGUCAUUGGAUUCAGUUGGAUGUCAAGCCCCGCAUGCACCGAACUGGAGGUGGUAACGAUGAAUUGGCUGGGAAAGCUCCUCGGCCUCCCUGAGGAAUUCCUCAACUGCUCUGACGGCCCUGGUGGUGGUGUCAUUCAGGGUUCCGCUAGUGAGGCAACUUUAGUCGGAUUACUCGUUGCUAAAAACAAAACCGUGCACAGACUCAUGGCAAACGAUCCCAGCCUCGAGGAAGGCGAUAUCAACGCUAAGCUCGUGGCCUACACGUCGGACCAAUGCAACUCGUCGGUUGAAAAAUCCGGACUACUCGGUUCCAUGAAAAUGCGAUUACUUAAAUCCGACGCAGAUGGAAGACUACGUGGAGAGACACUUAAAAAUGCAUUUGAAGAGGACAGAGCCCAAGGGCUAAUACCAUGCUAUGUCAUUGCCAAUCUUGGCACGACAGGCACCUGCGCCUUCGACCCCUUGUAUGAACUUGGACCGGUGUGCAAGGAAGCAAAUGUGUGGCUACAUGUCGACGCCGCCUACGCAGGAUCAGCUUUCAUUUGCCCCGAAUACAGAGUACUAAUGAAAGGAGUUGAAUACGCAGAUUCAUUUGAUUUCAACCCACACAAGUGGAUGCUUGUGAAUUUCGAUUGUUCCGCGAUGUGGGUCAAAAAUGGAUACGAUCUAAUCAACACUUUCGACAUCCAGCGUAUUUAUUUAGACGAUGUUAAGACUAACAUUAAAAUACCUGAUUAUCGUCACUGGCAAAUACCUCUCGGUAGACGAUUCAGGUCUUUGAAGUUGUGGACUGUUUUGAGAAUAUAUGGCGCAGAAGGUAUUAGAUCUCAUCUCAGAAAUCAGAUCAGCCUCGCUCAACACUUCGCAAAGUUAGUUCGAGCUGACGACCGAUUUUUGGUGGAACCCGAGCCAUCAAUGGGAUUAGUGUGCUUCAGGCUUAAAGAUGGUGACAGCGCAACACGCAAAUUGUUAGAAAAUUUAACAGAAAAGAAACAAAUCUACAUGGUGGCGGCAACUUACCGUGGCAGGUAUAUAAUCCGUUUCGUAGUCUGUUCUCAUUUAACAACGAGAGAAGAUAUUGACCUCAGUUGGAACAUAAUUAAAGAGGAAGUUGACAUGAUCGUCACGCCCACGUUACACACCAAAACUCAAAUCCCAGCGUUAGAACAUAUCGACAUUAAGAGUUUAUGUGAAAAAUCAAAGUAAUCAUAAAAUAUUUUAAUACAUAUGCAGUCAUGCUGAAUCAUUUUAAAUUAAUAUUACCUUAAGAUACCUACCUACUGCCUACAAUGUUAUGAUUGAAAUUGUAUUUGAAAACUAUGCUUAUACUUUGAUAUUGGUUAAAUUCGUAGUGCGUAGUAUUUUAUUUACGUUGUAUUUAUCUUUUCUUUCGAAUAAGAGCACAUAAUAGGUUCGUGUUUAGUCGUCAUAUCUUAAUGGGGUAAAGUGCCCUAUUAAUCAGCCACCUAAGAGUUGUUCUGACUUUAACAGAUAAUAAUGUCGUCUGCGGUAUCAAGUACCUAAUUAAUAUGGUGUUUUAAUAAUGUAAAAUUUAAUUAGUAACCACAUAAUUCAAUUAAAUUCACCAUAAACACUGCA